CUUCCCUCAUUUUCACUGGUAGAAAUUAUAUUGAUGAUGAGCUUCACUCCAAACACCAAUAUCCCACGAAUUUGUCUUCCCCUUCUACUCCCUCUUCCUCUUCCUCUUCCUUGCAUUAAGAACCAUCUCAUCACAAAUUUCCAUCCCUCUUUUUGUCUCUCAAACUCGUACUAAUUAGUUAAGCAAUACAAAUUCAUUAACUCAGAUGGCUGCUGCUGUUGCUGCGUCUCCUUAUCCUACUGCAACAGUAGCAGUUAAGCCAUUCGGCACCGCUGAUUUCUUCUUCAGUCGUAGCGCUCCCCGGCGGCAGCAUCUCAAGGCCAGGCUCAGAGCUCAAUGCAGGUUCCCUGCAGGGCAAGAUGAUGACCACGACGAGUGGCCGAAAGACGCGGUGGAAGCAAACUUAAGCGUUUUGAGGGAGAGGAUUGCGGCACUUCGGAUGAAGGAGCGGCAGCGGCAGAUGGAAGAUCGGAGUGAUGUUAAUAUUCGCCACUUUCCCGGCCAAUUCCCGGCGGCGGUCAAGCGGAGGCGGCGGCGGGAAGAUGGAGAGGGCAAUGUGAUAAUGGGAGUGGUGGCAGUGGUUUCCUCCACCUUGGGAUUGACGUGGCUCGCUGGUACUGGCUUGCUGUGCGUUGUCUCGUUUCUCUCUCAUCAUUUCGGCCACCCCUUCUGACUGAAUCUUCCCGAUUCUCCGCUUC